CUCCAAUGUGGGCUGGGCUUGGGCAAUAAACUUCCGGGUUGAAAAAGAAGUCCGGCCAGUCAAAUGAAGGGUCAACCUACUGGAACACCAGGUGACUAUGGCUGUACUAGAAGGACUUCUACUGUCCCCCAGUGCAUUUCCACUGCUGGUGGCUGUGUUGUUGUUGGUGUUUGCCUGUCUUCACUUGACGGGCGUGAACCAGUCAGAGAAGAGAAGAACACCUCCAGGGCCCAGACCUCUACCGCUUCUUGGUAACCUGCUGUUGCUAAACCUGAAAAAAGUAGACUAUUCACUUUGUGAGCUCUCUAAGAAAUACGGCUCCAUCUUCACCAUUUACCUCGGCCCCAGGAAAAUGGUCGUCUUAGCGGGUUACAAGACAGUGAAGGACGCACUUGUGAACCAUGCGGAGGAGUUUGGAGACAGGGAUACAUCACCCAUGAACCGCUCCAUUUCUAACAACCAUGGUAUUAUAUUUUCCAAUGGGGAGAACUGGAGAGAGAUGAGGCGUCUUGCCCUCACAAACCUCCGCAACUUUGGAAUGGGAAAAAAAAUGGGAGAGGAGAAAAUCAUCGAGGAGGCUCAACAUCUCAUACGAGUCUUUGAAAAUUUAAAAGGUGCCCAGUUUGAUACGACACAGCCAGUGAACUAUGCCGUGUCCAACAUCAUCUGCACUAUUGUGUAUGGGAGCAGAUUUGAGUAUGAUGAUGCACGGUUUAAGGCCAUGGUCAACAGAGCAAAUGAGGUCAUUCGGCUCAGUGGCUCUGCAUCUGUCCUGCUCUACAAUAUGUUUCCAUGGUUGAAACCGCUAAUCAGGAAUGCUGCAGUGAUCCAGAAGAGUACUAGAGCGAACUUGGAGGAGAUUCAGAGCUACACAAACAACCUCCGGGAGACACUGAACCCACAGGACAGCCGGUGCUUCAUAGAUUCUUUCCUCAUCAACCAGCAGAGUGAAGAGAAGCUGGAGCAAAAUGCUGGUCUGUUCCAUGAGAAGAAUCUGUUAUUCUGUGUAGAACACUUGUUCGCAGCCGGCACCGACACCUCGGGGACCACGCUGCGCUGGGGCCUCCUGCUCAUGGCCAAGUACCCACACAUACAGGAGAGGGUCCAUGAGGAGAUUGACAGGGUGAUCGGUGGCAGGCAGCCAUUGGUGGAGGACAGGAAGAGCCUUCCCUACACUGAUGCAGUGAUCCACGAGACCCAGAGGAUAGGCAACAUCGUGCCUCUAAAUCUUCGCCACAGGACCAGCUGUGAUGUCCACUUCCAAGGAUUCUUCAUUGAAAAGGGCACGCCUGUUAUUCCUCUGCUCACAUCAGUGUUGAGGGAUGAGUCUGAAUGGGCCAAUCCCUACACGUUCCACCCAGAACACUUCCUGGAUGACCAGGGACGCUUCCUCAAGAGAGACGCUUUUCUACCUUUUUCUGCAGGCCGCCGGGCAUGUCCAGGAGAGAGUCUGGCCAGGAUGGAACUCUUCCUCUUCUUCACCUCUCUCCUUCAACGCUUCCGCUUCACUGCGCCCCCUGGUGUCUCAGAGGAUGACCUGGACCUCACGCCAGUGUUGGGAUUCACACUAAACCCUUCCCCCCAUAUGCUGUGUGCAUUGGACCGCGCCUAGGUUUCUAAGGCCAGUUACACACAAGAGCGUGGCGUGGCGGCAGCGAGAAGACUGCAGUCUUUCUGCUUAGUUUUGGACGGAGUGUUGUACUCAGCCUUUCACACUGACCGCGUCAGCAUGCGCAGCCGGUCCUGUUCAAAGUCCUGUUCAAAACAAUUAUGUAAUGUGUAUAAAGCUAUUUGAUCCAUAUUUUUUUCUAAAGGUUUAUAUGCUCUUUGUGGGCUAAAAUGUGUAUUGAAGCAUAUACCAGCAGCUACAUAUAUCUUUAUAUACUUUAUUAGGUCUGUAAUAUACUUUGCAUUACUUUGAAAUGGAUUCAUUUUCAAUUAACCCAUUGAUGCCUGAUGUUGCUGUGCGCAACAUUGGUCCUGGCGCCUGGAGCUGCAUUACGCAACAUUCAGGCUCAUGAGAUUUGAGACAACUUCAUUAAAAAUCUCUCCUUAUUUGAGAUGAAUGGACACAAUCUAAUGAAAGAUGAGGGUCUUAGUGUUUAAAUGCAACUUAGUGCAUAUUUGUAUGUGCUUCAGAAGCUGAGAUAUUUAGAUUUUUAUAGGCUGAGGGCAGCUUUUCUUAAAAAUGGCUCAGGCGUUCAGCACCCUUUUUUGCAGGUGCCCUAGGAGUCAAUGGGUUAAUGGUUCUUAGUUGUGGGUCUUAAAUAGCUGUAUAAUGUGUAUUGAGCUAUAUAAUCCAUUUGUUUUUGUGAUAUAAUGUGCAAUAAGAUAUCUCCCAAUUUUCUGCAUUCCUCUUCUACUAUACAUUAGUUAGAACGGCCUCAGAGGACUCUGAUGAAGAAGCAUGUCGAAACGUUAGUCUUACUGCACUGAACAAAUAAAUAACAAAAUAUAGA